AUGGCGUCAUGUGUUGGUCCUUGCAGUUUGUCUGCCAGAGAUUAAUUUACAUUCCGUAGACUUUGGUACGGGAAACUAACUGUGGGUUUAACAAGAGAUAUGCCAAAGAAAUAAUAUGCACCUACAUAAAGGGGGUAGCGUGUCGAUACCAGUAUUUGAAUAGCUAGUACAUGUCACGCUUUAAAUCCAGCUAAAAUCCUGAAUAGGUAUUAUCUUACAUGGCACGGUAUAACGUUAUUGGCUUUUAGACCUGAAUGGGCUAUUUAUCAGACAUUUAACCGUAUAUUUACUUUACUUACUUGUACAGGUCGACAUUAAGCACCAUAAAUGCUACAUUAUGUCAAAACCACUUACAGAGAAUUCGAAUGACGCAAAAAUAACCACCAUACUGAAGCGCGAUUAAAACGUACGUAGAAUAUGCAGGACUCCGCCAACGACACAUUACCUGUAGUGGAGUUGCGGCCAUUUUGCAAGCAUGUCUGGAGACGCGACAGAAGCUUCGUGGACUUUUAUAGCAGAUCAUCGGAAACUAACGAAGUUGGGGAAGAGCGCUAUCUCUCACAUGAAUGUCUUCCGAACAUCCUCGAAGUUUUGACGGAAAUCACACAAUCAUCAAAUAAAUGCAAAGAUGAAGGACUUAAACGAAUGAGGACCAAACUACAUCCUAAAAUCUGUAACAUUCUAACCGCACCGAUAGACCCAAAGUCACCCGGAAUUGUUCCUGGAUUUAUUACAAAAGAUGACAGGGCAAAGACCACUUUUUUCUGGUCAAGACAAGAUGAAAAUCCCAAGAGUUACAGUUGUCGAAAGCAGGCGCUUAAUUCGGCUACUGUGCGACGCCAGCAGCAACUUCAGCUUCAGGGAGGUCACCUUACCCUGCCGGAAAACCCGCCUAACCAGUUUGUGUAUCUCAAUCCGCUGGCGAACUAUAAACAGCGAGCAUCAUUGAAGCAGUCGAAGUACCGAGAAUCACAGCAAAAACACAGUAGCGCCCCUGCACAUGAUAGAAUUAACCAUAUGACAAGUCUUCCUGGAAAAGAGCUGGAUAUUGUCAGAAUCCUACAGAGGAGAUCUCCUAAUCCACGUCUCCGACCCAUAAGCACUGCUGGAAAGAGUGGGGAAAAGAGAAAGGGUCCAGUUAUGCCUGAAAGCGUAAGGGUUGACUUCUGGAGAAAUGUUAAUAAACAUAGCAUCAUUGAAAGAAAUUUAGGCGAGGAAAGAACUUUCCAUAUACGACGAUGUCGUAGGACGAUUGACAUCGGAUUUACGCCUCUUGAUAUACUUCAACAUUUGCAAAACCAAAACGCUUUGAACACAAAAUUAACCCAAGGCGAGAUCUUGUUGAAGAAAGGUAAAGAGGCCAAUGCGAUAAAAUUAGAAGCUGAACCUAAAAAGGAAUUACCAGUCUCCGUGGUUGAACCCAGAAAACCAAGUAAACUUCUAUCUAUUCAUCGUCAUGGGCCCUGUCCAAUAUUUAAACGUUGUCAAACUAAUGGGAAGGCAUUGUUUUUCCUUGACGAGACAUCAAAUUCCGAUGAUUCUGGUGGUGAUUAUUUUCAAAACUGUGAGAAAAUAGCAGACAGUCAGAUGUCUAAGGGACAUAUAAGUAGGAAAGAGAACCAUGUUUGCGAGAAUAACGACAACAAAUCGCAGAACUCUUCAGUCGGCAAUGUGUUUUUUUCAUACCAAAAUGAAAGAGUGGAGGAUGCAAAAUUAUGUUGUCAAAGCGAUGAAAAAAUCGUUCAAGAGGGACACACUGAUAUGGAUAACAGUUCCUCAACAAGUAAAUGUUCCAACAGAUGUAAUGACGGGAUUCAAAGCGGCAACAACGAUACUCCGCUAAUCGAUUUUGUGGCCCAUAUUAACUAUGACGCUUUAUUGGCUAAUAGUGUUGGUUCGCCAGUACCCGCUAAACCGAAAAUUUUACCAAAAGACACCAAGGGGCCCCAUGAAUCUCCUUUAGUUUUACGAAACGAUGAGGGGACCUCGAAUUCCCAUGUGUUGUGUGAUCAAUAUGAGAAACGUUCCUCGCGUGGCAUCAGUGAUUGGUCUGAUGAUUCGGUUGUGAAAACUAAUUUAAAUCAGAAUGGCGAAACCUCGAAUUUUCUGAAUCUCGAUAAUGGCGAAGCUGUUGAAAGCGCCAAUGGGAUACCACGUCGUCCGAAAAUGUUUGCCUAUGUCGACGAUGAUUCUGUUCAACAUAAAAGAGAUAAUAAUGCUUCUCGCAUUGUGAAAGAUCAACUAACUCAUGUCGAAAACAAUGACGUGGUGGGAAGUUUAGAUGACGUAGGUGGUUCAAUUCUACCUUCUACAACAUUUCUUACAACUAAUGUAUAACGUUUUGUGCAUGACUUUUAUAAUAAUGUAUGUUUAUUAUUGAAUAUAGCCUAAAUGAUAUUGUGUCAUUACACGUUUAAAGUGAUAUAAGAAGAAAUCCCAAUUAUGUAAUUUUUGUAAAACCACAAUUAAAGAUAGGUUACCAGAAAAGUA